AUGUACCAUAGUAUUUCAGCUCAAACACUCAAUCCUUGUGGCCACACAAUUUGUGGUCCUUGUGCAGAUGAAUGGUUAUUUGAUCAAGCAAGUUUCAAAAGUUGUCCUAAUUGUCGAAGAAAAACCAACUAUCUGCGGCCUCUUAUAAAAAAUAUCACAGUGAAUAACUUUGUGGAAAGCUAUAUCCAAAUCCGUGCUCUUGGUGGUGAUAAAGAUUGGCAAACUGAUGGGAGCAAGCUUGUUGAAUGGCUUGAAAGAAGAAGGUAG